CCAAAUAUGAGUUUAACCUCUGAUCUCUCCGAAAAAUCCAGUGAUAAAAUGAAGGUUCUAGAGGAUUUAACAUCAAAUGUAACGCAGAUACAAGACAAUGUAUUGGAGGAGAUACUCACACUAAAUGCAAACACGAAUUAUCUCCAAAAGUUCUUCCUUGGAAGCUUUGAUAAAGAAAGUUUCAAGAAGAACGUACCAGUGGUAACUUAUGAAGAUGUUAAGCCAUAUAUCGAACGUGUCGUGAAUGGAGAGCCCUCGAAUGUCAUUUCGGCCCGGCCUAUAACCGGUUUUGUACUAAGUACGGGAACUUCAGGGGGAGCACAAAAGAUGAUGCCAUGGAAUGAAAAAUAUUUAGACAACUUGACCUUCAUGUAUGAUCUUCGUAUGCAUAUUAUAAGCAAUAAUGUGAAAGAUGUGGAGAAAGGAAAGGCGAUGAUGUUUUACUUCACUAAACUCGAAUCCAUCACUCCCUCUGGCUUGCCUGCUCGAGUCGCCAGCAGUAGCUAUUUAAAGAGCAACUAUUUCAAGAACCGUCCAUCAAACUGGUAUUACUCUUACACAAGCCCUGAUGAAGUCACUCUAUGUCCAGACAACAAACAAAAUCUCUACUGCCAUUUGCUUUGUGGUCUGGUUCAAAGAAACGAGGUUACAAGAAUGGGUUCUAUCUUCGCCUCCGUUAUGGUCCGAGCAAUCAAGUUUCUUGAAGAUUCAUGGGAAGAGUUGUGUUCAAACAUCCGAUCAGGGCAGCUCAGCGAGUGGAUCACGGACAUUGGUUGUCGAGAUUCGGUGUCUCUAGUUCUUGGUGGGCCUCAUCCUGAAGCGGCAGACACCAUUGAACAAAUAUGCAACCAAAAAUGUUGGAAAGGUAUAAUCACAAGACUUUGGCCAAAAGCUAAAUAUAUUGAAACUAUUGUUACUGGUUCGAUGGUGCAGUAUGUUCCCACAUUGAACUAUUACUCUAAUAAUAUGUUACCUCUCAUUUCAACAAUCUACGCUUCUUCGGAGACUCAAUUCGGGUUAAAUCUCAAUCCUAUGUGCAAGCCUGAAGAUGUAUCGUACACAUUCAUGCCCAACGUGUCCUACUUCGAGUUCAUACCAGUGGAUGGAGACAAGAACGAUGUUGUUGACCUUGCUGAUGUCAAACUUGGAUGUUGUUAUGAGGCUGUCGUCACAAAUUUUUCAGGCUUGUAUAGAAUAAGAGUUGGAGACAUUCUAGUGGUGACUGGUUUCCAUAACAAAGCACCUCAGUUUAGGUUUAUAAGAAGAGACAACGUGGUUUUAAGCAUUGACUUGGACAAAACUAACGAAGAUGAUCUGUUUAAGGCGGUGAAUAACGCAAAACUCACUCUUGACUCAUCACAUCUCAUGCUAAUAGACUUCACUAGCUAUGCUGAUAUCUCCACUAUCCCGGGACACUACGUAGUUUAUUGGGAAGUAAAGAACAAAAACGAAGACAAGAAGAGCAAAAAGCACAUAGAGCUCAAAGAAGAGACAUUCUCGGAGUGUUGUUUACUAAUGGAGGAUUCAUUAGACAGUGUUUACAAGAUUUGUCGGUUUAAGGAGGAAUCUGUAGGACCAUUGGAGAUAAAAGUGGUGCGUCAAGGGACAUUUGAUUCUCUCAUGGAUUACUUCAUCUCACAAGGUGCUUCUAUUGGUCAAUACAAGACUCCAAGGUGCAUUAAAUCUGGAAAAGCCUUAGAGGUAUUAGAGGAAAAUGUGGUAGCCACAUUCUUCAGUACCUGAUAGAUAAUAAUGUUGCUAAGUUAUCAAUAAAUAUGCAUGUGCAUAUGCUAGCUGCGUAUUAGUUUUCUAAAUUGUUGGAGUUUCUUUUUCUUUUUCUCUUUAUUGGAAAAAUCAAUGUUAAAGUGUUUUUAGUCCAUACAAAAACAAUGUCGUUUUCGAUA